GAAGAAGAAGGUCCGUGACGUCGUUGCGCUGCGACAAAACACCGUAACGUUACAUGUAGCUUGUAGCUACAUCGUAGAAGCAGCGACAAGCGACUUUUCUGGAUUUUGCUGCUGGCUACGAGAUUGAAACGAUAAUGCGGAGUUUGCUGACGACCCCAUGACGAUGUGACGACCGGUCGUGUCUGGGUGGUGUCGUGGAGCAGUGCAUGCCCCUGGAGCAGCAGCAGGAGGAGGAGGAGGAGGAGGAGGAGGAGGCCAAUGCCGAGGGUCUGAGCUCUGUUGUCGGCGACUGUCGGUGUCCGGGAUGGAGACCUGGACCCCCAAUCCCAGAGCCAAGCCGUUCAUCCCUCGCCAGCAAAGAAGCUUAUACCUCACCUGGAAAUACAAACUGAUCAACAAGAGGACGAUCCGUCGGUUCUGUCAGGCUGGCGCUGUGCUGUUUCUGUUGAUAACUGUGAUAGUCAACAUCAAACUCAUCUUGGACACGAGAAGAGUAGCUGAUGAAGAUGCAGCGGCUCAAGCAUAUGAGGACACGAUACCCAACAUGGAGCCCCCACGCAGGCCGGCUAAGGGACGCAAGAUCCUGGACAUUGAGGUGUACUCCAGCCGCUCCAAGGUCUACGUGGCAGUGGACGGCACCACUGUGUUGGAGGAUGAUAUGCCGGAGCAGGGCAGAGGCAUCCAUGUAAUAGUUCUCAAUCAGGCAACUGGUCAUGUGAUGGCCAAGAGGAUAUUCGACACAUACUCUCCCCACGAGGACGAAGCCAUGAUCCUCUUACUCAACAUGGUGACCCGGGGUCGAGUCCUCAUCUUCACCAUAAAGGAUGAGGGCACGUUCCACCUGAAGGAUGCUGCUAAGAACCUGUUGAAGAGUCUCGGCAGCCAGGUGUCCCUCACCCUCAGCUGGAGGGACAUGUGGACUCUGGUGGUGAAGAAAGGAGGCCAGGUGUAUGGAGAAAGGCACUCUAAGUCUCCAGCUCUGUCCACCUGGGGAGACCCGGUGCUGCUGAAGACUGAGGUGCAGCUCACUGCCUCUGAGGAGGCAGAGUGCCACUGGGCAGCCACCGAGCUCAACAAGAGGAGGAAGCUCUUCUGCAGCAAAGUGGAAGGGUACGGCAGCAUCUGCAGCUGCAAAGACCCGGCGCCCAUCGAGUUCAACCCCGACCCGCUUCCCAACAAUAACAUCUUGAAUGUCCCAGUGGCCGUCAUCGCAGGGAACAGACCCAACUAUCUCUACAGGAUGCUGAGGUCUCUUCUUUCAGCUCACGGCGUCAACCCGCAGAUGAUCACCGUCUUCAUCGAUGGAUACUAUGAGGAGCCGAUGGAUGUCGUAGAUCUGUUCGGACUGAAGGGAGUUCAGCACACACCCAUCAGCAUAAAGAAUGCCAGAGUGUCCCAGCACUACAAGGCGAGUCUGACUGCAACCUUCAACCUUCACCCGGAGGCCAACUUUGCCAUCGUCCUCGAAGAAGACUUGGAUAUCUCCAUUGACUUCUUCAGUUUUCUGAGUCAGACCCUCCACCUGUUGGACGAGGACGACAGCCUGUACUGUAUUUCAGCCUGGAACGACCAGGGCUAUGAGCACACAGCAGAGGACCCGGCCCUGCUGUACAGAGUGGAGAGUAUGCCCGGGCUGGGCUGGGUGCUGAAGAAGAGCCUCUACAAGGACGAACUGGAGCCAAAGUGGCCGACACCUGAGAAGCUGUGGGACUGGGACAUGUGGAUGCGAAUGCCGGAGCAGAGGAAAGGCCGAGAGUGCAUCAUCCCCGACGUGUCCCGCUCCUACCAUUUUGGCAUCAUCGGCCUCAACAUGAACGGCUAUUUUCAUGAGGUAUAUUUUAAGAAACACCGGUUCAACACCGUUCCCAAUGUGCAGCUGAGGAAUGUCGACAGUUUAAAGCAAGACGCUUAUGAGGUGGAGAUCCAAAACCUGUUAAAGGAAGCGGAGGUACUGGACCACACUAAGAACCCGUGUGAGGAUUCGUUCCUGCCGGACUCCGAGGGGAAGACCUACAUCAUGUUCAUUCAGAUGGAGACCGAGACGGACACAUCCACCUGGACGGAGCUCGCCAAGUGCCUCCAUGUUUGGGACCUGGAUGUCCGGGGAUACCACCGAGGCCUGUGGCGGCUCUUCAGAAAAAAGAACCAUGUCCUGGUGGUGGCCGUGCCAAUCUCCCCAUACUCUGUGACGAAACCAGCCAGCGUCACUCCCAUUCACUUGGAGCCUCCGCCCAAAGAAGAGGGAGCACCGGUGGAGCAGAUGUAGACCUGAUGUUACAGUCUUCAACCAGCCCGGGCCUUAACUUAUCUUCUCCACUCUUCACCAACAACCACUAGUAGUCCAGUCUGGGAUCCAUAAACACAGAACCGUUUUUUGACUCUUUUUUUUUUUUUUUUGAAAGGAUACCUGAGAAAUGGCGGUCCUUUUGGAUUCCUUUCUUAUUUCUAAACAAAAGGGUGAUUAACGCCACAAAAUGCACUACUUCAUCCGUCCAACAGCUUGACGACGAGCGACAAUGCUCAAACCAGUUUUGGUUAAACGUGACUGAACAACUGAAACGGUUCAUGACUGUCUUCAUGUUUCCGUGACGACUGUGGGCCGUAAAUGUAAUUCAACCUGUGACUUGUAAACGAGAACUGAACAAAUGACACAAACACUCUCGCGCCACAAGUUAGCCAGUGUUCGCCUCGGUUUGAUGUGUUUUUAACUACUGAGUGCUUUGUUUUGUACAUAUAUUUUAACUUAUCUCUAUUUAUUUUACAUCUAUCGAUCAAAAAGAAGUUCAAUGGUUUUAUGGCUUUUCUUUCUUCUUUUUUUUUUUUAGAUAACAUUCUAUUGAUUUUUAAGAGCCUAACGUUUACAGCUAAUGAAAUAAUAAUGUACAUAGAUGCCUAUAUAUUUUUUGAUGAAAAAUGUAAACGGUCAGCAUAUUUUUCAGCGUUAGACAUUUACUUUGAGUUAAAGAGUUGAUAACAGCCCUGUGGGUUUUUACUAUUAUUGACUGCAUGGGUCAGUUGCCUCGGAUCAGGUUGCAUGAGGGAAACUCAAUAGUGGCUGAAAGAGACAAAAAUCUGAAGAUAUUUACAGAUUUAGCAACAUACUCUCCAAUUAUAAACGAUGUAAUACAUUAUGCUUACUCGAUUGUCCCACACCUUUUUCUAAUUAGACAUUUUAUAUCUUUUAUCAAAUAAGACGGUCCCUGAAUCAAAUAUUUAAAAUAACUUUUGAAUACAUACAGAUGCUCCUGGACCAUUUUGCAGCGUACCUUUUGGCCUCGGCCACCUAUAAUCGUGGUUGCUGCUAUCGUAUUAGGGUCAUUAUUUAAAGAUCACAACUUGAAUAUCUUUCAAAGUAACGAGAUUAAAUUUAACAUCUUUUUUUUUUAUGAGAGAAAUGUAUUCUGUGGUUCUCGCGUUGCAUUUUAAAACCGUUUUUUACAGCAGUUAAUUACUUAAACUAUCUUGUAUCUCGAUAAUUAUGAGAUACUAAAUCAUAGUUGCAAUAUCUCGUGUUUUUCUUCGGGGUAUGCAAUAUAUUCUGUACGAUUUUAGAUCAAGCAACAAAUGUUGUCAUAUUUAUCUUUACUCCGCAGUUUAUCAAAAAGGAAUUGAUGGUCAGGAACACCAAUAAAUCCAAACUAAGCAGUUUAACACUUAAUAAACGGUUCAAAACACUAAUGUUUUUAAAAUUUUAUCUCAACAAUUUUGAAGCAUGUUUAUGAAGCAGCUGCACCUGGUGUAAAACAGAUAGUGAACCACUCUCCUAGCAAUACUGGCUCUCAGAUGUCAGUUAAUUACUGACGCUGUUUCCACAGUUCUGUCCACAACCCGUUCAAUCAGUGAAGUCAGUGAACAGUCUCUGCAGUAUCAUAUUAUGGGAUAUUUUCCUUCCAUAAAAAGUGAGAGGUCAGAUGCUUCAUUGACAAUUUACAGCUGUUGACAUUUCUUUGGGCUUAUAACUGCAAUAUAGUGUUUUAUAGAUAUUUAUCAAUUGCUAAUAUAGAACUUAAAGCUACCGUUAAGGGGGUUACAAAAAUCUGCAUUUAUAAGAUGAUCUCCAUUUCAAGUGAAAGGGGAGCGCAGAAUCCUAAUACACCUGCUUCACUUUGAAGUGAUUUCCAUCUGACGUAACACUGUACUGACGACAUGAAUGAGUGGAUCACGUUUCAAUGCAUCGAUCAGUAUUUGCAGAGCCGUUUGAUUUUAAUGUGAGUAAUUGCUGCACAUAUUUACUAUCUGCAGUCAGAUGAUCCUGUCAGGCAUAACCACUUAUUCAGCAGUAUUACAGCUCAUGACUGAAUUAAUGUCCUUUUGUGGCCUGGAAAUCUUACUUUUGGUUUUAAGAAAUUGAAGAAGUAGAAUAUGCCUACCUUUUUUUUAAAGCUGCUUUUUCAUUUAGUCUUUUCAGUGAACCGUAUCAUUUUGGUAGCAUGUGUGCGUCAGUCAAACUAAAUCAUCGUCUCCUCAGCAAUAUGGUUGAUUUUUGUGUGAUUUGCUGUGAGAUAAUUUGGAAAAUAGUGGUGUGUGUGUGUGCUGAGGAUCCAUAGACGUACUGUACGUUUCUGGUGCAGUUUGACACAUGUAUGAGUUAUUUUAUCAUGCAGAUGAAUAAAGAUGUUUGUUUUUUUACUGA